AUGACCGACUCUUUCCCCGCGACCAUCUCCGGACCAACAUCCAAGGAGCGCAAGUAUGAUCGUCAACUCCGAUUAUGGGCAGCAACAGGCCAACAAGCCCUUGAAGAUGCAAGAGUAUUGCUCGUGAACUCUGAUGGUCCUCUCGACUUCAGUAACACCGGCGUUACGGGUGUCGCGGGAGUGGAAGCGCUCAAGAACUUGGUCCUACCCGGCAUCGGAGGAUUUACCAUCGUGGACCCGGCAACAGUCACAGAAGCUGACCUGGGAGUUAAUUUCUUCCUUGAGGAAGACUCUCUCGGAAAAUCCCGUGCUGAUGAAACAUGUCGGUUGCUACGAGAAUUGAAUCCCGAUGUGCAGGGGUAUUCUUAUUCCAAGCCUAUCACGGAUCUCCUGACAGAUCCGGAUUUUCUCCCUCGGCACAAGCUGGUCAUUAUCUCUGGCCCAACUAAGCACUCUACUUUGGAGCUACUCUGCAAAAGGGCACAGGAGCUGGAUAUUCCGGUGCUGUACAUCCACUCAAUCGGAUUCUGCUCGACUUUCUCUUUGCAAUUACCUGCUGAGUUCCCCAUUGUGGAAACACACCCAGAUCCGGAGUCAACACAAGAUCUUCGUCUCUUGAACCCUUGGCCUGAGCUUGCCGCCGCUUCCGAAUCACUAGGUGACCUGGAAAGCAUGGAUGACCAUCAGCAUGGCCACGUGCCAUAUAUCUUACUUCUUCUGCGGUUCCUUAAGCAAUGGAAAGAGUCACACGGAGCUAUGCCAGACAACUACAAAGAAAAGACCGCAUUCCGCGAAUUUGUGCGUUCAAAAAUACGCACAAAGAACCCCGAAGGUGGCGAGGAGAAUUUCGACGAGGCCGUUGCCGCUGUUCUGAAAACUAUUUCGCCCUUUAGCCUGCGAAGCUCGAUCCGCGAGAUCUUCGAGAUGGAACAAUGCCAGCAGUUGAGCACCGGAUCUGCCGAUUUCUGGGUUAUCGCAUCUGCCAUUCGUACUUUUUAUAACGCGCACGGUGUGCUCCCUCUACCAGGCUCACUGCCUGACAUGAAAGCCCAGUCGGCGGACUAUGUCGCCCUGCAGAAUAUUUACAAGACCAAAGCGCGACAAGACGUGGAAGAAGUGACCGCAACAAUCCGUCAACUGGAAUCCGAACUCGGACGCACCAUUCCCAUUCUUGAUCGCGAGGUCGAAGUGUUCUGUAAAAAUGCCGCGCACAUCAAGGUUGUUCGCGGACGGGGGAUCCCUCAAAUAAAUGAAAAAACCGAUUCUGCCACUUUUAAGGCUUUGCGCAGUGGACUUGGAAUGCCCGGUGCCCUGGCAUCCAUUUUCAUCGCAUGUCAGAUUCUCGAUGCUGUCGUUGAUGAGAUUCAGAGUAACCCGAGAAAGAGCCACCUUUCUAUCGACGAUAACGGUCUCUGGAGCGCGCAUAAAGAGCGCAUUUUGGCUUUAAUUACUCGCGACGAAUCGACAACCCUUGAUGAGGAGGCGCAGAAGAGCAUCGACAAUGCUAUCCAAGAGAUUCGCCGUGCUGAAGGCGGCGAGCUGCACAACAUUGCGUCGCUGACUGGUGGCUUGGUGGCGCAAGAGUCGCUUAAGGUGUUGACGAGGCAGUACGUGCCUUUAGACAAUACGUGUGUUUUUGAUGGAGCUCGCAGUCGGAGUGAGAUGUACCGGUUUUAG